UUUAGGCAGAACGAAAGUGCGAUGCAUUUCCAUUGCAGUUGCAACUUUCACUACGUUCGGACGCCGUUCUGGGUUGUGCAAUAUGGAUUACUUGAAGCUGUUUGUAUGGAUCCUCGGAUUCGCCAGUUCAGCGUACGGGAUGCAGUUCAACUGCAGUACGAUGCGGAUGAAGUUCUGCGAGAUCAACAACGUCAUGAUCACCGAGUAUACGGACGUCUCUGAGUGGGAAUUCCCGGAUCACCAUGAUCUUGCCUUCGGUAGCUACCCACUUCCAGACGAGUCCACUAUCGUUACCACCGUCACCAAAGAACUCGCCGAGAAGCUGACCAACGUGCAGUCCCUCGAAAUCCAGAACGUUUCCCUGGUAUCUUUCAUCCUGUGGGAACACCUCAUCAACCUGGACGCUUCCCACAACUACCUCUCCGAGCUCAUCGUAGACCCAACCUCCAUGUACAACCUCAAAUCCCUCGUCCUGAAGCACAACCGUCUCCAGCAGAUCGACUUCCUGAAAGGUCUCUUCAAACUGCGCGAUCUAGACCUCAGCAACAACUACCUGGACAAGAUCGACCUGUCCAUCCUGGAUCCCGCCAAGGAACUCGCCACCCUAAAACUCUCUCACAACCGAAUCCGCAUCAUCACAACCGCCGCCGGUGACAUGCUCCACCUGCCCCGCCUCACCUCCCUAGCCCUGGACCACAACCAGCUCACCAUCCUGGACGCCAGCCAGUGGCAGUUCAACGUCCUGCAGGACCUGAACCUCUCCACCAACCGGCUGGUCUACAUCAGCAUGUGCGAGGUGCAGAAUUCCUUCCCCCGACUGCAGACCGUCUACCUGGACGGGAACAACUGGGAAUGCUCGUACCUGAACAGCACCCUCGCCCAGCUGCACCAGACCAACGUGAAGCCGAUGAGCUUCGGCGCCCACAACUGUACGGAAGCCGUUGAGUCGAUUUGCUGCUCGUAGGAAGUCCUCGUCAAUCAUCACGUUAAGCGCCAGAUUUCCUUGGACAGGUAGCUAAUAUUUAUUUGUCAACGCAAAAUCCGCAAUAAAAACAGACACACGAGGUAUUCGAAGUUA